AGGCAUGCAAGAGGCCUCUAAGAAGCUUACAGAGUCUCUUCAUGAAGUAUAUGAGCCCGAAUGGUAUGGCCGGGAAGAUGUGAAAAUGGUUGGAGAGAAAUGUGAUGUGCUCUGGGAAGACUUUCAUCAAAAGCUGGUGGAUGGAUCAUUGCUGACCCUGGAUACAUACCUGGGACAGUUUCCUGAUAUCAAAACUCGCAUUGCAAAGCGAAGCAGAAAGCUGGUGGACUAUGACAGUGCAAGACAUCACUUGGAAGCCUUGCAGAGCUCAAAAAGAAGAGAUGAAAGCAGAAUUACAAAGGCAGAAGAAGAGUUUCAAAAAGCACAGAAAGUGUUUGAAGACUUUAAUAUUGAUUUACAAGAAGAGCUGCCAUCUCUAUGGUCAAGACGAGUUGGCUUCUAUGUGAACACUUUCAAAAAUAUAUCCAGCCUUGAAGCCAAGUUUCACAAGGAAAUAGCUUUGCUAUGCCACAAACUGUAUGAGGUGAUUACCAAGUUGGGAGAUCAGCAUGCUGACAAGGCCUUUACCAUCCAAGGAGCACCCAGUGAUUCAGGUCCACUCCGCAUUGCGAAAACACCAUCGCCCCCUGAGGAGGCUUCUCCCCUGCCUAGCCCUUCAUCUAGUCCCAAUCAUACACUGGCACCUAUUUCAUCUCCUGCACCAGCUCGGCCUAAAUCACCUUCACAGUUGAGGAAAGGGCCUCCUGUCCCACCGAUGCCUAAACUCACACCCACAAAGGAGCUGCAGCAGGAGAAUAUCAUCAGCUUCUUUGAGGACAACUUUGUACCAGAAAUCAGUGUGACGACUCCUUCACAGAAUGAAGCUCCCGAAGCUAAGAAAGAGGAAUGUUUGCUAGAUCUGGACUUUGACCCUUUCAAGCCAGAAGUGGUAUCAACAGGAAUAACCCUAACUCACUCACCCAUGUCUCAGACAUUGCCCUGGGAUUUAUGGACGACAAGCAGUGAACUGGUGCAGCCGCCUGAUUCUUCAAAAAGUCUUUCCCUGUGUAACCUGGUCAUGGAGGAAACCCCAAACAAUGGGUCAACAGAAGAUAUUAACAGAUCCCAAACUGAUCUAGGUUCACUCAACUGGGGCCUAGAACUUAGCACAGCCAGUGUCAGCCAGGAGAUCACUGCAGGUGGUCCUUUGCCUUUCCCUGAGGCAGAGCAAACCUCAAGAGAAUCCACUGGUACAUUGUCUGCUAGUGUUUGGCCUGCUGUAGGUGAGCAGGAAGAACAUGCACCAGGGUCAUCUUCUAUAGAUGAAAAUCAGAGGACUUCACUGAAGGCACAUUCAGAUGCUAGAAAUAUCCCAGGCAAAGAUUUGGAGACUGAUCAGCCUUUAGCGAAUGAAUCCAGUUGUGAGAUGCCUAUCAUUGGAAUUGAUAGCUUAUUGGAUGAAUCCCCAUGUGAUGUGGAAAAGGCAGAGGAGAAGAAGCAGGAGGAAGAAGAGUCUAUGUGGGCAGGUGUGGAGCCAUGUGAAAAGGCAUCCAGCAGCACAUUUAAUGGAUUCACACAGGGCAGACGCGACAAGUAUACUACUGGUGUAACCCCAAUAGAGAGGAUCCGUGGAAGAGAUAACAUCACCAUAGACACACGGAAUGUAAGGACAUUGAGACAAAUAGGGAAGUUGAAAGAAUUCACGUACGAAAUGGAACAAUACAUCUGGCACCUCCUAGGAAUCUCUGAGGUCAGAUGGAAGAACUUUGGAGAGAUACUAAUAGAAGAAGGCCAUGUGCUCUAUUACAUUGGAGAGGACAAACAUGUCAAUGGCGCAGGAUUUCUUGUGCAUAAAGAUAUCAAGAAUUCAGUAUUAGGAUGCCGCCCAAUGUCGAGCAGGCUUAUUUCCAUCCGUCUAAAGGCAGUACUGUUUAAUAUCACAGUGGUACAAGUCUACGCCCCUACAACAGACUAUGACGAUGAGCAAUUUGAAGAUUUUUACAAUCAGCUCCAAGACAUCAUCAAGAAGGUACACAAGAAAGAUAUCCUGAUUAUACAAGGAGAUUGGAAUGCUAAAAUGGGUACUGAUGCACAGGCAGAUUGGCGAGAUUAUUGUGGCCCUUUCUGUAAUGCGGUAACCAAUGAGAGAGGAUUGAGACUUUUGGAGUUUGCCAGCUAUAACAAUCUGGUUCUUGUAAACACAUUAGUAGCACAUAAAGCAUCCAGACAAUCAACAUGGCACGCACCUAAUGGUCUACAUCACAGCCAGAUCGACUACAUCAUGGUGCAAAACCGAUUUCAUUCUGGGAUUAACAGAGCUAAAACAAGGAGCUUCCCCGAUGCUGAUACUGGAAGUGAUCACAAGCUUGUGAUGCUAAAUUUUUGCCUGCGGCUAAGGAAAAUUGUCAGGCCAAAGUUCACCAGAACCAAGUUUGACUUAGAAAGACUCAGAGACUGA